AUGGAGGCUCUAUCAAACUCGACAAUAACAACACCACCAUCAACGACGCCGUCGAUUGGAGACAGCGAGUCGUCCGCAGCUGCGCUAUACCAGGCGUUUUUGAUGAUUCUGGCGUCGGAGAUUGGCGACAAGACAUUUCUGAUCGCUGCCAUAUUAUCUAUGCGUCAUCCCCGUCUCGUCGUCUUUCUCGGCGCGUUCUCUAGUUUGGCCGUGAUGAGCUUGCUGAGUGCUGGCAUGGGCCACGUCCUUCCGAGUCUCUUCCUACCACGCAAAUGGACACAGAUGGGUGCUGCCAUUUUAUUCUUCUGGUUCGGGAUCAAGAUGGCCAAGGAGGGCUGGGAGAUGGAGGCAGGCAAUGCAAAAGUACAAGAGGAGAUAAAGGAGGUUGAGGAAGAGCUCGAAGAGGAAGGAGAAGGUCACCAAUUACGUCCAAUCAAAGGGGAUAGGGACGAAGAGGAAUGCGUAGAGGCGGCAGGCACGCCCUCAAAAUCUACGUUCAAGCGACGACGCGGGUUUGGGUCAAGCGUAAAGGAGGGUGCCCACAAUUUUGCUUCACUCUUCCUUGGACCAGUGUUUGUGCAGGCGUUUGUGCUCACAUUCUUGGGCGAAUGGGGAGACCGCAGCCAAAUCGCCACGAUUGCUCUGGCAGCCGCUCACAAUGUAUACGUUGUUACACUAGGGACUGUAGUCGGCCAUAGUUUGUGCACCGCUGUAGCAGUCAUUGGAGGACGGUGGAUAUCCACUAUGAUCUCCAUAAAGCAUGUCACUUUGGGAGGGGCCGUCCUCUUCGUCCUCUUUGGAUUAAUAUACCUGCGGGAGUCGCUAUUUGGUGCAGAGUAA